CAUCUGCUGGCGGAGCUUCCAGUAGCCACAGAGAGGAGAGAGGGGGCCAGCCGCAGCUCCUGAAGUUUUUCUCUUACUUUCCAGAAGGGGAGGCUUCAAGUAGGCUGCUCUAAAAUUUGGUCGGUUCAUUUUUUGAAUAGACUGGUUGAUGUGCUGCUGACCCUAAGGGCCAAACAUGAAGAAAGGGCUGUCUCUGGCCACUGCUGCCUUUGUUGCAGCGCUGUUAUCCUCCAUAGAUGCUCAAGAUGUGAUGUGUAAGACCACUGCACAGGCUGACAUUGUGUUGCUGGUGGAUGGCUCCUGGAGUAUUGGACGUCUGAACUUCAAGACCAUUCGUGCCUUCAUCGGCCGUAUGGUGGGAGUCUUUGACAUUGGCCCUGAAAGGGUCCAGAUCGGUCUCGCUCAGUAUAGCGGAGACCCAAAGACUGAAUGGCACUUGGAUGCUCAUCGAACCCGGGACUCUCUCCUGGAAGCUGUGGCUAACCUGCCCUACAAAGGAGGAAACACCUUGACUGGUCUGGCUUUGAACUACCUCCUCCAGAACAAUUUCAAAGAGAAUGUUGGGAUGCGACCCAACUCUAGAAAGAUCGGUGUGUUGAUCACUGACGGCAAAUCUCAGGACGACGUCAUUGUCAACUCUCAGAACUUGCGUGAUCAGGGUAUUGAGCUAUAUGCCAUCGGUGUGAAGAAUGCUGAUGAGAAUGAGUUGAGGUCCAUUGCUUCUGAUCCGGAUAGUAUUCACAUGUACAAUGUUGCUGACUUCUCCUUCCUGUUGGACAUUGUUGACAGCCUUACAGACAACCUCUGUAACAGUGUCAAGGGACCAGGAGGUGCACCUGAGGCUCCCACUAACCUGGUGACAUCAGAGGUGACUCACCACUCCUUCCGAGCCUCCUGGACUGGCCCUGAUGGCCCGGUGGAGAGAUUCCUCGUGGAGUACAUGACCGCAUCAGGACGCGCAGAACAGGUGUUUGUGGAUGGUACUGAGACCACGGUGGUUCUCCAGGGGCUCAACCCUCUGACAGAGUACCAGGUCAAUGUCUACUCAGUGGUGGGAGAGGAGAGAAGCGAGCCUCUCGAAGGAACUGAGACAACACUCCAUCUGGGUGCCGUGAGGAUGAUGGACAUUUAUGAUGAACAGACGACCACCAUGCGGGUGAGAUGGGAGGAGGUUGAGGGUGCUGCUGGUUACAUGCUGCUCUACAGUGCCAUCAAUGCCACCCAGCCCACCGUCGAGCAGGAGGUCAGAGUAAGAGGGGAUAAAACUGAUGUCCAGCUGGUGAAGUUACUCCCUAACACGGCCUACACACUGUCCCUCUUCACCCUGUAUGGAGAGUUAGCUAGUGAACCGCUGACCAAGCAGGGAGUCACACUACCUCUGCCACCUGCGGGUGAACUGAGGGUUCAUGACAUCACCCACUCCAGCAUGAGGCUUAUUUGGGAUGCUGCCCCUGGGCUUGUUCGCAAAUACCUCAUCACCUACAAGCCCGAGGAUGGAGAUGCUAAAGAACUUGAAGUGGAAGGAAGUGUGACCACCAGAAUACUGGACAGCCUGAUCUCGCAGACUGAGUAUGGCCUGGCUGUUACUCCGAUCUAUGAUGAGGGACCUGGUCAGCCGAUGUUGGGAGAGGCCAUCACUGAUGUUGUUCCUGCCCCGAAGAACCUGCGAUUCUCAGAAGUUACCCAGACCAGCUUUAGAGCCACCUGGGAGCAUGGAGCCCCUGACGUGGCUCUGUACCGCAUUGGCUGGACUAAGCAGGGAGCUAACAACUUCCAAUAUGCUAUUCUGAACAGCGAUGAAACUACCCACGUUCUGGAGAAUUUGGAGCCAGACACGCCCUAUGAUGUGUCUGUCACUGCAAUCUAUCCAGAUGAAUCAGAGAGCGAGGAUCUUCUGGGCACUGAGAGGACAUUGUCCAAGCAAGGUGGUAGCGCAACACCUAAUGGACCUCCGACCAACUUGGUGGUGUUCAACGAAACCACCACCAGUCUGAACGCCAGGUGGGAUCCAGCUCCAGGUCGCGUCCAGAACUAUAAGAUCACUUACGUCCCCACAUCUGGAGGCAGGAGCCAGACUACCCAAAUUGGAGGGAAGAAAACUACUGUCCUGCUUCCCAAGCUGACCCCUGACACUGAAUACUCCAUCACUGUGGUGGCGGUCUAUGCAAAAGGAGUCAGCCGUGAGCUGAAUGGCCUUGGAACGACCAAGCCUUUGGGUGGUGUUAGGAACCUGAGGGUCACUGACCCCUCUACCAGCACCCUGAAUGUUCAGUGGGAGGCUGCUGAGGGCAACGUGCGUCAGUAUAGGAUCUUCUAUGUCCCUGCAGCUGGAGGAGUGGAAGAGAUGAGCCAGGUAUCAGGCAGCACCUACAACACUGUGCUGAAGAACCUGCAGUCUGAUACUGUCUACACUGUAACUGUGCUUCCUGUCUACUCCAAUGGAGAGGGCCAACGCAUGUCUGAGAAUGGCAAAACAUUGGAGCGUAGCCCCGUGAGGAACAUCCAGGUAUUCAACCCUACUACGAACACUCUGAACGUUCGCUGGGAAGCUGCCACAGGCCCAGUCCAGCAGUACCGGGUGGUCUAUGCUCCUCUGACUGGUGCCAGACCCUCUGAGUCGGUUGUGGUACCAGGGACCACCACCACAGCCUUGCUGCAGCAGCUGCUCCCAGACACUGAUUACAAUGUUGGAGUGGUUGCCUUGUACAGCGACGGCGAAGGACCCACUAUCACUGACAACGGAAAGACAUUGCCCCGUAGUGGCCCAAGGAACAUACGCGUAUAUGACCCCACCACCAGUACUCUCUCUGUGAGCUGGGAACAUGCCGAUGGUCCUGUCAUGCAAUACCGCAUCACCUAUGCCCAGACUACAGGAGACCCUAUUGAGGAAUAUACUACAGUACCAGGAAACAGAAACAGUGUGAUCCUGCAGAAUCUGGAUCCAGACACUCCUUAUAAUAUUAAAGUGACUGCGGUCUAUGCUGAUGGACCAGGAGGAGAGCUGGAAGGAGAUGGACGCACAGUGGGAAUGCUCGGCCCCAGGAACCUUCGUGUUUCUGAUGAGUGGUACACACGCUUCAGGGUGUCCUGGGACCCCGCCCCCUCCAGGGUUAAUGGAUACAAGCUUAUCUACCAGCCUGAGGGCUCUGAUGAGUCCUUGGAGACGCUUGUUGGAGACGUGACCUCCUACCAACUGCAUAACCUGAAACCUGGAACCACUUAUGACUUGAAGGUGCUGGCACAGUACAACACAGGCCUCAGUGCCCCUCUGAUUGGACAAGGCACCACAUUGUACCUGAAUGUGACAGACCUCACCACCUACAAUGUCGGCUAUGACUCUUUCUGCGUCCGAUGGGCCCCUCACAGAGCAGCCACCUCCUACAGACUCAAAAUCAAUCCUUUUGACACCUCCAAGAGUGGAGCUCAGGAGAUCACUGUCAGAGGCUCAGAGAGCAGUAACUGCUUUGAUGGCUUGACCCCUGACACUCUUUACAAUGCCACAGUGUACGCCCAAACCCCUAACCUGGAGGGACCUGGAGUCAGCGUGAAGGAGAAGACAUUGGUCAAACCGACAGAGGUGCCAACCGAGCCACCCACCCCACCUCCUCCAGCAACAGUACCCCCUGCGCUAGAUGUGUGCAAAGGUGCCAAGGCAGACCUGGUCUUCCUCAUUGACGGUUCCUGGAGUAUUGGAGAUGAGAGCUUCAACAAGGUGAUCCAGUUUGUCACGAGCAUGACCGGAGCAUUUGAUGUCAUCAGCCCUCGUGGCAUGCAGGUUUCAUUUGUGCAGUACAGCGAUGACGCCAAGACCGAGUUCAAGCUGAACACCUACCAUGACAAGGGCAUAGUGUUAUCAGCUUUGCAGACUGUGCGCUACAGAGGAGGCAACACAAAGACAGGCGUUUCACUGAAGCAUGUCUAUGAGAAGGUUUUCACUUCAGACAGUGGAAUGAGGAGAAACGUCCCGAAGGUGCUGGUUGUGGUCACAGAUGGACGCUCGCAGGAUGAUGUGAAGAAGAGUGCAGAAAAACUGCAGCAUUCUGGCUACAGUGUAUUUGUGGUUGGAGUGGCCGAUGUGGACAUGUCAGAGUUGAGAAUUAUCGGCAGCAAACCCAGUGAGAGACAUGUGUUUGUGGUAGACGACUACGACGCCUUUGCCAAGAUCCAGGACAAUCUGAUCACCUUCAUCUGUGAAACAGCCACUUCCACUUGCCCUCUGAUCUACAUCAGUGGGUUCACAACACCUGGCUUCAGGAUGCUGGAAGCUUUCAACAUCACAGACCGGACAUUCGCUGGCUUGAAUGGUGUGUCCAUGGAGCCGGGCUCCUUCAACAGCUACAUUGCCUACAGGCUGCACAAGGAUUCCUUCCUUAACCAACCCACCAAGGAGAUCCACCCGGAGGGUCUUCCCCCAUCCUACACCAUCAUCCUGCUCUUCCGCCUGCUGCCCGACACACCCUCUGAACCUUUUGAUAUCUGGCAGAUUGCAGACAAAAACAACAACCCCGAGGUCGGGAUCACCGUCAACCCUUCCAGCAAAACAAUCGCGUUCUACAACAAGGACACCCGAGGAGAGAUCCAGAGAGCCACGUUUAAUGAGGAGCAAGUGAAGCGCGUUUUCCAUGGGAGCUUCCACAAGCUCCACAUCACCAUCUCUCCGGAGAAAGUCAAGCUCAACGUGGACUGCCAAGAGGUGGCAGAGAAGCCCGUCAAGGAGGCUAACAACAUCACACUGGACGGCUAUGAAGUGCUUGGCAAGAUGGUCAAGUCUGGAGGCGGAAAGAGGCAGUCUGCAACCUUCCAGCUCCAGAUGUUCGAUAUUGUCUGCAGCUUGAGCUGGGUCAGCCGAGACAGAUGCUGCGACCUGCCCGCCACAAGAGAUGAGGCAAAGUGUCCAUCCCUUCCCCACUCUUGCACAUGCACACAAGACAGCAUUGGCCCUCAGGGGCCUCCUGGACCUUUGGGCAGCCCAGGUUCUAAGGGACCACGAGGAGAUAGAGGAGAGCCCGGCAACCCUGGUUCAAUGGGUCCACGCGGUGAUCCAGGACUCCCAGGCGCAAUGGGACCACCAGGUCCACAAGGACCUAAUGGACUGUCUCUACCCGGAGAACCUGGUCGACCGGGACCAAAGGGAGAUCCUGGAGACCCCGGCCAGCCUGGCCUGCAAGGUUCUCCCGGGCCACGUGGUCCUCUGGGCCCUGUUGGACCAAGUGGAGCACGGGGGCCCCCAGGAAAGGAGGGACCAUCUGGACCCAGAGGCCCAUCAGGGCCCAUGGGAAGCCCUGGAAAUCCAGGUGUACCAGGAAUUACUGGAAAACCAGGGAAACCAGGAGAUCCAGGAAACCCAGGAGCUGUUGGCCUUAAAGGAGAGAAAGGAGAGAGGGGAGACUUUGCAUCCCAGGGCAUGAUGCGCUCCAUUGCCAGACAAGUUUGUGAACAGCUUGUGAACAGUCAGAUGAGCAGAAUUGACAUGAUGCUGAAUCAGAUUCCUUCUGGAUAUCGUAGCAACUCUCCGGGCCCUAUCGGCCCUCCUGGCCCUCCUGGCAACGAUGGAGCCCGCGGAGAGCCUGGACAACCUGGUAGAACUGGUUUCCCUGGAAACCCAGGUUUACCUGGAACUCCAGGAGAAAGAGGUUUGCAAGGAGAGAAGGGAGAGAGAGGCUCUCAAGGAACUGGAGUCAGAGGACAGAGAGGCCCAAGUGGGCCACCAGGGCCACCAGGAGAGUCUAGAACGGGACCCCCAGGUCCUUCUGGCUCCGCUGGGCCUCGUGGCCCUCCAGGUCGCCAGGGUACUCCAGGGGUGAGGGGACCACCAGGACCCCCUGGAUAUUGCGACUCUUCUCAGUGUGUUGGCAUUCCUUACAAUGGACAAGGAUACACAGCUGACCGCUACCAGCCUGAACCUGAGGUAGUGUCUAUACCUGUGGAACCAGCUGGAGAGUUUGAGACAAUACAAUCACCUGGUUACUCACGAAACCAACGAGGAAAGAGAUCACUACCACAAAAAAUACAGAAACACUAGCAUCAUAGCUACAACAAGGAGUUAUGUAAUAUUGAAACAACUUCCAUGAUCACAUAUGUGAGGAUGAAGUGAUUUUCAGAACAAAACUAGUACUUACAUGGGUUUGAUACCCCUGGCAAUACUGAACAUAUAUUUUUCUGACAUGAGAAAGUUUAGCAAGAUGAAUACAAACCUACAUGUUUCGUUCAUUACAAACCUGUGUGCUUGCUGAGUGUUCCCUUUAAGUGUCUGCUUGUAAUAUAACUGCAAGUGUUUAUCGGACUCCAAUGUGUAAUGCACUAAUCAUUUGAAAACUGGGAGGACGUAUGUCAAAGGAAAUACAGUAUGUAUGUUUUUUAACACUUUCAGACAAUGUCAAACUUCAGUAUGUAAAGCUGUUUGAGAUACUCCAUCGGUAAAAAAAAGGUAAAUGAAUUUGAUCCCCAAAGAUGUGUGCAUUGUGAUGUUUUCUUAGGCCUGUAAACCAAAUGAUAAUCUGAUUUAUUGUAACAAACCAAGCUUGUUUGUUUUUUUUGUUUUGUUACCAAAGGUGGAAUUGCAUGUUUGUGUUGUAUAUUUACUGAGGAUUUCUAAGUCAGAAUAUAGUUGUUGUUUUCUAUCUAUGCAGUUUUGAUUUGGUUGCAAGACUAUGGACAUAGAAUUGCUUUUCUCAUGUUUUAACUGCACAUUUUGUGAAUUCCACACAGCCUUAUUUUCUUAUUUAUUUCUGAAACAGAAGAGGCAUUUUUCAAUAAAACUACUGAAAAUGUA